AUGUCAAGUAACAAGUCCGAUAGCGUAAAUUCGUCAGAAAGCUCGAGUAAGAUUGACCAGUGUUGUGAAUACUCGUUACAAUUGUAACGCGUCACAGGAUACUCGUUACGUUUGCAGUAAUUUUGACCUGUAAUUAAUUACAUUUUUGAAAAGGAACGAAUUAUUGUAAUUAAUUACAAAAUAAAGGAACGCGUUCCUUUUGUUUUAACGAAUGAAAAUUACAAAUUCCUUUGAUCAAAUAAUUUGGAAACGCUAAGCGCUUUGUUUUCCAUUUUUGUUAAAUCUGGAAAAUUUUCAAUAACUGAUUCAAAGUUGUUCAAGUGGAAGUUGUUCAAUUGAACUCUAAUACUUCAUGUAGUGUAUUGAUAUAGUGAAAAACAUUGCCGCCAUGCUUGAACGAUUGCGAAAUGCUAAUAUGAACGAUUGAACGUCGAAUGCUAAUAUGGUAGACCAUGUUGUAGACAACAACUUUGUCGAUUUUAUUAGGGAUGAGCCGAUAAGGAAAAUUGCCGAUUACUGAGGCCGAUUAUUUAUAAGCCAAUUAUCGUAACUAAUUGGCCGAUUAAUCGGUACCCGCCGAUUAUUUUAAAAAGCAAGCGAAACAUCACAAAAUGACCAAUAAUGAAGUUGUAAAUGCGGUUAAAAUUAUUGUUUACAGGACACACUAUGUACAAUUAAAAACAGCUUCAAUCUUGCAUGUCAAUAGUCAAAGUUUAGUUUUGGCAGAUUAUGGUGUGAAAACAAGAUAUUGUCAGCUAUGUGGAGCUAGUCUGCUGCGUUUUUCAGUGGAAAUGUUCCCAGCUUCACUUCAGUUGAGACAAAAGACACAGGUUUUGCAACAAAAUGUGUAAAUAUAUUUGCUUGUAUUCAGUAUUCUAGCAUGUGCUCGGCAGCUGCAGAAAAAGUCUUAUGGCCGAUUAUCAGGCAAUAAUCGGCUUUGCCGAUUAUUUACUGAUUAAUUGGCUCAUCCCUAAAUUUUAUAGAGAAUAUAGAGCCAGCCGGGCCCAGUGAACCAGAGUCAACUGUAAGUGGAGAAGAAUCAGAAGACCUUCAAGACCAAGAAGGCAGUCAAUCUGCCGCUGUGCAGGAUUUCAACGCGGGAAAAGAGGAAUCUCCAUGGCCCAAGUUGAAUAAAUUUUUUCAUGUUUGUUGUAAGCGCAACAACAACCUCUCAUUCGAGUGCCUUCUGUGUAAACCGAAGAAAACCAUGCUUUCCACAUAUAUUACAUCACACUCCAACCUUUUUCCAAGUUAUAAAAUAAUUAAGACCAAUAUUUCAAUAUUUAGUUAAUGUAGUUAUCUACUUGUAUGUAUUAUUUAUAGUAGUCUACUAGUCUGAGACUCACAGUACUGUGUACUGACUACUGAGAGAUUUUUUUACCAAAUUAUACACAAAUAAUCGUAAUUAAAUAUUCCUCAAUCAGUUAAUCCCUAACAACAUCAAUAUUCAUCCAAUUAUUUAUUUUCGUGUUGUUUACAAUUUUGUAUAUACUUUCAGGGUGUUAGCUACAAUAAAAAAUUCCAUGUUAAACAUGGUUUUCCCAAUUACCUUGAGGUCGCAAUUUCCCAAUUUGGGUCAGCCAAAAAAUAGUUAUUGAAAUUCAAUGUUGUUAACACGCCAUUAGGCAUUGACAACAUGUUUAAUAAAACUACAUUUGCUCAAAAUUACUCCCAAAAUGCGAAAAAUGCCAUUUCAUAGACAAAUAUUUUUAAAAUCGAUAGGGGCAACCGCAUGCCCCCAGACCCACAAAGAAAUGCCCAGCUUCAGGCUAAAAUAAAUUUCCCAAUUUCAGGUAAACACGGAUUUUUUUUACUUCUGGCUAACACCCUGACUUCUCUUUGGUUAAUAGCGAGUGCACCCAGACAAGUUGUAUGAGUUUAAUGAGCUAACUACCACUCGAGCAUUGAAGAAAUCUGUUGAUGCCAAUACAGACCAACCUCAUGGUUACAAUAAACAACCAAAGCAACUUAAGCAAGGCACUCUUUCCUGGUCGAAAGGUAGUGUGAAACGCCCUCUGCUUUCCAAGGAAAACCUUGGUAGACUUACAUUAAAUAUGGUUAUUGAAUCCUUGCUUCCCAUGUCAUUUGUCGAACAACCAUCAUUCAAAGAACUGAUAACCAUCAACAAGGGCUUAGAAAAGGGGCAAGAGGCUUCAAUGGCUGUUGUCAAGGAUGCAAUGGCAAAGGUUGAGUGGAUCGCCACCACAAUUGAUUGUUGGUCUGCACACCGCCGAUCCUAUCUGGGUGUAACAGCUCAUUGGCUUUCAGCUGAUUCUUUUAACAGAGAAAGUUCAGCUUUAGCUUGUCAAAGAAUUAUGGGAAGUCAUACAUAUGACCGCAUUGCUGCACACCUUAAAACCGUACACAGCGAUUAUGGUAUCAACAGCAAAGUGGUCAAAACUACCAGCGACAAUGGCUCCAAUUUUAUAAAGGCAUUUGCUGUCUUUGCCCCAUCAGAAGAUAAACUUGAUGUCUCUGUUACUGACAUGAAUGACAUUUUCUCUGAUCAAGAUGAAAGUUUGGAACUUCCUUCUCAUCAAAAGUGUGCAGCAGCUUAUUCACUUAACCUUGUUUCAACAACAACUGCUGCUGCUGCUGCUGCUGCAGAAAAAGAUUAUCAGUACAAAAAGCUCAGUCGUGCUAGUUUUGCCAAAUGUCAAGCACUUUGGGAUAACACUGGAAGAGCAGUACAAGCGAAAGAGAUUAUUGAUGAAGAAAGCCUUUUGCAAAUCAAACGACCUUGCUCAACACGAUGGAAUUCAGUUUUUGAUGCUGUUCAGCGAUUGAAUAAAAUUAACAAGGUGGGUGUAGCAGGACCUCAAACUUUAAACAACAUAUGUCAAAGACUUGACUUGCCUCGGUAAGUACCGUACUAUAAAUUAAUAAUUAAUAUAAUAUAAUUAUAUUUUAAUAUUUAUAGUCACUAGUCAGUAAUUUAAAAUCUAGCUACAGUAUUUUAUCUCUGCACUCUGUCACUCACCUCUUUUUAUUCUAUUCCCUCACCACAUUAACUAGGCUCAAAGAUACUGAACUAGAGUUCCUCAACUUGUAUGAAGCUGUUAUGAGACCUAUUGCAACUGCACUCGAUGUAUUACAAGGUGAGAAAGAUACUUAUACGGGAACCUUGCUUCACACAAUAGUUUUCUUAUUAGAAUGUCUGAUGAAAGAAAGAAGAAAACAACAGGAAAACAAUCUCUUCCAUUCUCAUUCCCAAGUUUAAGGACCACUGGACUGACGACAAUUCCCAGUUAAAGAAAGGUUUGUGAUGUAAUUCCUAUAUUAGUUUGGUUAAUGGUUAUAUGGUUGUCUAUAGAUUGCAGGAGUGUUUAAUUCAGAAUUAUUAUAAUUUAAAUAAGAUUAAUUACCAUUAAUAAUUCAAUAAUUAAUAAAUAUAGUUGCUAAUGAAAUAUAUUUUACAUUGAUUUGUUUCAAGGGCUGGAGUGCAUUCGGAACCGUUUAGCUGCUGACAAUGUGGUAGAGAGCGAGGAAACGGAAGCAAAGGAAGAUGAAGUAUCUGCAAACAAAUUUUUCAAGGCAAAGAAGAAGAGUUCAAAAGAUGUGCUUGAGCUAUACUUGUCAUCUGACAACGAUGAUUUUGAUAUUUUCAAAGAACUAUGUGCUUCCCUAAGAAAAUUGGCUUUGGAACUGAAUACUCCACUUCCAGCCCGUGCAGCAUGCGAGCGUCUUUUUAGCACUGGAGGUCUGAUACUGAGGCCCCACCGAAGCGUCUUGGUGACAAACAUUUUGAAGCAUGCCUCCUCUCAAAGCUUAACUUUAAGUUUUUGAAAUAGAUUUAAAACAUUAUAAUUGAGGGUGUAUAACCGUUGAGUUGUUUAAUCGUUUUUCUUCACUUUGCGAACACUGAACAUUACAAAACAUGAUGUGUAGUUUGUAAUUAAUUACAUUUUUAAAUGGUAAUUUUGUUACUGUAAUUAAUUACUUUCCUGAAGAAGUAAUUGUGAUCAGUAAUUAAUUACAUUUUAAAGACAGUAAUUUUAUUUGUAAUUAAUUCCUUUUUGGACCGUAAUUUUACAGCACUGAGAUUGACACAAGGUCUGAUGGCGAUACAAGUACUUCGGAAUCAGAAUAUCGUGUGGCAACACAUAAUUUUGCCUAUGAUGAUGAACCUCUGGCAGAACUAGGCCAAGAUGUAGAUAUUAUCCCUUACGACGAAGAUGGAAUACCACCAUCAGUACUGGAAGAGAGAAGCGACAGCAGAAUACCUCUAAAUCAGUAG